UGUAUCUUCCGCGUCCGCCCCGCGGCUGCCCGCUCCCUGCGCGGCGGCUGGGCGUGGAGCUCGCGGCUGGGUGCUGGUCCCGCUCCGCCGGGCUGCAGCGGGCGGGGGCGGUCUGUGCUUCGGGCCGCCAGCGGCUGCCUGGGCCCGGGGUCCUUGCCCGCCUACUGCCGCCGCCGAGCGCAGCCAUGUCGGCCGGGGGCGGCGGGCUGGGGACCCCCCGGGCCCUGCCCUCCUCCGGGCCCCGGGCUCUGCGGGACAUGCCGCACCCGCUGGCCGCUUCCAGCAGCGAGGAGGCGGCCUCCGAGCUCAGCCCCAGCCCGGACCUGCUGCUGCCCCGCAGCUUCGCUGACAAGGAUCUCAGUCUGCCCAAUGGCACUCCUGUAGAUACUUCCAGCCCAGCCUCCUCCUCCUCACUGCUCAACAGACUGCAGCUGGAUGACGACUUGGAUGGGGAAACUAGAGACCUCUUUGUCACUGUCGAUGAUCCCAAAAAACACAUCUGUACAAUGGAGACGUACAUCACCUACAGGGUUACAACAAAGACCACACGGGCGGAGUUUGACUUGCCAGAAUACUCCGUACGCCGACGGUACCAGGACUUUGACUGGUUGAGGAAUAAGCUGGAGGAAUCUCAGCCAACACAUCUCAUUCCCCCUCUUCCUGAGAAAUUUGUGAUGAAGGGAGUUGUCGAUCGCUUUUCUGAAGAAUUUGUGGAGACGAGGAGGAAAGCUUUAGAUAAAUUCUUGAAAAGAAUUGCAGAUCAUCCAGUACUUUCUUUCAAUGAACAUUUCAAUGUGUUUCUCACAGCCAAGGAUCUUAAUGCCUAUAAAAAACAAGGAAUGGCAUUGCUCUCCAAGAUGGGAGAGUCUGUAAAAUAUGUCACAGGCGGUUAUAAACUCAGAAGUCGACCGCUGGAGUUUGCAGCCAUAGGAGACUACCUAGAUACAUUUGUUCUCAAGCUUGGAACCAUUGACAGAAUAGCACAGAGGAUUAUCAAGGAGGAACUGGAAUACCUGGUGGAACUGCGAGAGUAUGGACCGGUUUACUCUACCUGGGGUGGGUUAGAAGUGGAGCUAGCAGAACCUCUGGAAGGAGUGUCUGCCUGUAUCGGGAACUGCUGUACCGCUCUCGAGGAACUGAGUGAUGACAUGACAGAGGACUUCCUGCCUGUACUCAGAGAGUACAUCUUGUACUCGGAGUCCAUGAAGAACGUACUAAAGAAAAGAGACCAAGUUCAAGCAGAGUAUGAAGCAAAAUUGGAAGCUGUAGCCUUGAAAAAAGAAGACCGCCCCAAGGUGCCGGCAGAAGUUGAAAAAUGUCAGGACCGAGUGGAAUGCUUCAAUGCUGACCUGAAAGCCGACAUGGAGAGAUGGCAGAACAACAAGCGCCAAGAUUUUAGGCAGCUGCUUAUGGGAAUGGCAGAUAAAAACAUCCAAUACUAUGAGAAGUGCCUUACGGCGUGGGAGUCAAUUAUACCACUAUUACAAGACAAACCAGAGACCAAAUAAGUUCCAUAACCCACAGACUUCUCUACACAAGUGCACAGUACCACUAACCAACCUACUGGAGCUGUAUGAUGCACUACUUCGUUGAGUUACCUGAGAAAUGCCAGCUAUGCCCAGUCUGGUUACAGACCCAUUGAAAAGCAUUUGGACUUCUUCCUCUUUUUGUGUUUAAACCGGUAUGUUUCAUCUUUUGAGUUACCGUAAUGGUUCCUUCUCCAGCCUAUGGAGUGAUUGUGGGCUUGUAAUGGAAAUACACAGGGAUCAAGUCGCUUCUUGAUAAAGAAAACUUUGCCUCCUUAUUCCAGAAGGAGCUAAUGAGUGGAAUACUAAAAAGAUGAAAAUAAAACUCUAAACUGCAAGGUGCCAAUAUGACAUCUUUAUUACCAUCCUCUUUGUUUGCUAAAUAAGGGUUGAUUCCCAUGAAACAGUGCCCACCAACCCACCCUUCUUUUUUGUGUGUGUUUUGUUUUUUUUUCUUGAUGGAGAGGGAAUGGCCAGAAGUGGACACUUACUACAAUUUGUAAACUCCCUGGAUUAAGCAAUUUUGGAGCUGAAUCUUUGUGUGGGAGUUUGGGCUGGUCCUAGAUUAGAACAUACUGACACUUCUGCAGAAAGCUCGUGAUGCAAGCCUGAACUGUGGUUCAUGAGUGUGGCAUACACUCUGUUCGUAUUGAAUAUUCCAUACUCAUUUGUUUACCUUUGGUGAAAUGAAGUAAUGUAAGUUGGCUGAAGCACACAUGUGACAGAUUUUGGGAUCAAAGGAGGACUGGUGUGGUGGGGGUGGGGGAGGGAAGGAAAGGGGGAGGGAUGAGUUUGAUGUAGCCUUACAAAGUGUGUGAUGGGAACAAACACAAGUCUGUUAACCUUUUAUCCCCAAAGCAAGCACAGACAGUUCUGUGAUAGGAUUCUUUGAUCCAUGCUUUCACUUGUUUUCAGACUAUAAGCUAGAUGGGAAUCCCUCUGAAUCUCCCUCUGGCCUUGAUCAUUUAAAACAUACCCAUCGUAGUAAGGAUGGGUUCUUCUUUUUGCCCUUUUUCUUUCACAGCAGCCAAAACCCCCAAAGAGUCAAGUGCUUGCUGACACCAGGUAUCGUUGUGCAUGUGUGAAACUUGCCUUAAACAUGUCAAUGGCAGGUGAUAGAGGCAAUACCUUCUUUUCCCCAUUAUGUACAUUUAGUGGUCAUGCUUGUCUCUAUUGAUCCUCAUUGAAAGGUCGUCUUAAGAGUUGCCCUUUUUAGGUAUAAAUCUAUUUUCCUACCAGGUUUUGUCAACCUUGUAGUCUGCAGAAUCUUUUCCUUUCCGUAUCCAGUCUCUCCAGUUCACCGCCUUUUUUGCUAGUGGCUUUUGAAUCUGUUAAGUCUUCGUUUGCUGCUUGACCAGCUUGUUUCCUCCCAUAGGAACUCCAGGGUUUAAUUAUUUUGGCAAACAGGAGUGUAAUAUUCAGGAUUCUAGGGUCAGCAAACAACUUCUUAUUGUUUUAUAUCCUCUCAUUUUCUACCAAAGCUAUUGGAAUGCUCAGUCGAUCCCCGGCAUCAUUCUGGCAAGGAAUCCAAAGUUUAAUUAAAAAAAAAAAAAAAAAAACUCAAUUCUUAUUUGUAUCCCAUUUACAAAGACCAUGCAAAUUCCAUUUAAUUCGUGGGUUGUCCCCAGCUAAAAUAAAUGCUAUAAAAUAUACCUGAAGUUUCUUCAGCUUUGCAUAGUCUGGUCAAACAACUAUUACAUAAAAGUUGUGGCUGUUAAAUUAACAUGGGAGAAUCACUGGACAUAAAAUUUGUCAUGGUUAAGGCAGUUUUUCUACUUGACCAUAUCACUUUCAUUGAUGUAGUUUUGUGAUUCUAAACCUGCUGUUCCAAUUUGUCAGCAUACGUUUGCUGGGUGAAAUCGGGGACCUUGCGUCAGGUGGUUGGUUGAAAAUGCAGCAUAGUAACACUAUUGUGUUAGUAGAGCGAGGGAAGACUUUAGUAAGAAAUGAUUCUCUAACAGUCUCUGAUUAUUUUUUUCCCUCCCUUAAACCUUUGUCUAUUUGUCCUCUCUCCAAUUGUUUGAUAUUAGGAAUUGAUAAUUAAGGCCUAUUUGAUUUGCUGGGGCAUAUUGGAUAGGAGUUGCUCUGAUUUGCAGUGCUGUGCUUUUGUCAUUAAUUCAUAUAAUUUAGCAUAUGAAAAUGAUAGAAAACAAAAGGCUUCACGUGGUGAAACCAGAGAAUUGUUUAAUCCCUUCGAAUACAGUUUCUACCCUGUCAAAUUGGUUAGGUUUUUGAACAUAAUUGUCUCUGAAACAUCAGCAUAAACCUAGGGUCAAGUAAACUUGUCUUCAACUUCCCCAAUGAACAGGAAAGACUGAUGAGGGAUUGAGAAAUGACAGCUUUUUCUAGCACUGUUCUCUCACAGAAUGGUCAACUAAGCUGCAUUUCUGCUGAGCAUUUUAAAAAAAAGAUGGGGGAAAAAAAAGCACUUUUCCCACAAGAGAACAUUUGAAAAAUGCAGUGGUUCUGUUUAGAGGGGAGUGAAUUUAAUAGGUUUCCUUUUUUCUUCUGAGUUCCCAUGUUCAUGCCUUUUGCCCUUCAGGUUUAGUUAGAAAACUGAAGACCAGUCAUCAGCUUGUAGUUCCAGGGGCUUGGUUCUUUAAGUACAUUUGCCAUUUCUCAGAAAAUCCCUUUUAUACAAGGUACUGUUAGCAAAGGACAUUGCAGCAUCAGAUAAGGAUUGUCAUGGGUAGCAGGGGAGCUUUUAUAGUUUCACUUAAGGCAUUUAAGUAUGGUAACAAUUUCACCUUCUGCAACAAUGGUGGGGUUUCUGACUUUGACUCCAGUCAACAUACACCUAAUGUUUUACCUAAUACACUUAAUGUUAACAUUGUUCUGCUAUACAAUCUCUGAAGCCAGUUGAUUUUUAAAUUACUAAUCAAGUGAAUGAAGUGACUUCAUGCCUUGUUUGUUGUCAAGCGAAUGCCUUUUGCAGCUAAGCCACUAGAAAGCUGGCACUUUCUCUACAACCAACCAAAUGAAUGGCUUGCAAGGGUUCACUGUAAGUACACAUGUAUCUGGAACCCCUUAAGGGAGAGAGAUGUGGACUGCAAGUUUGGCUCACAGAUCAGAGGGUGCAGGCCCUAGAUCAUGUUGCAGAUUGGCUGUUCUAGUGUGAAGCAGACACCACCUGCUGCCAUAUUAAAGAACAUAAAUCAUGGUUUAAAUUAGAAGCAAGCUUUUGAAACGUGUUGCAAAAGGGGAGUUCUUGCCUGUAACUGCAGUCAGACGAGCAGGAUACUGUGUGGUGGUUCCCUCUUAGACGCAGCUAGCCUGUUGCUGAGUCUGUCUUAAUGAACCCUCACAAUAUGAACCAUGUGACAAUGGUGGCGAGCCAGGUAUUGUUUCAUAGUCUGAACAUGAGAUUUUGUGCAGCAUGUUGUUAGCACAGAGUAGCCCAACUGACUUACAAAAUGACAAGUGUUUUCAGGGCUGAAUUCCGUUGUCACAAGUGACUUGUUCCUGUUCAUGCUGCAUCAGAUCCUACCCCUUUAAAUGCAGGUUUAAAAUUCUUUUGCAGUUCAUGGUAUAUGUGUGGCUAUCUCUUAGGGCCCAAGUUUGGCAGUGUGUAAAUAGUCUCACUAAUUUGUGUGACUGUAGAAAAGCAAGCCUUUCACAAAUACUGAGCAGAAAUCCACUGAAAGAGUAACUUUGUUCCACUCUUUUUUUCCCCUUUAAUAGAUGUUUAAGCAUCGUUUAGUGCAUCCCAAUGGGCCUUUUUCUGUAUAUGGAGAUUGAUCUGACUCAAAAAUUGAGUCUCUCCAAUAUGGGGCCAAACUCUGAUCAACCCAAACAGCAGAUAGGCACUCCACAGAGAGAAACUUUCUAUGGCUUGGGCCCAUCCACAGCUUUAAAGAGUCGUGCAUUUCCUUUUAACAGAUCUUGCUCCACAGCUGCCCUGUGGUGCACACUGACCCAAGGCGUGUGCAAUUUCUUGCUGUCUCUCCAUCACUUCUGAUAGGUGUGCAAUUUGGAAAGUUGUGACUCUCUUGAAAUGGCACCAGCACAUCCAGACAAGCACUGUUUAGCUCUGAUUUUUAUAUAUAAUCUAAAAAGGGGUGUAUGUAUGUAUGUUCUCUCAUCAGGAUUUCACUGAUGCAAUAAACUUGGGAGACUUAAGAAAACACAAUUAUGGCCUUCUCAAGUAAUCAUUUAAAACGAAAGCACUCCAGGUCUGCUCCAUUUAGUAAAGCAGUCAGCUCUUUCCUUUACUACUGGUAGUUACCAGAGGGUAAAUUGUGGUAUGUUUAUACUUAAGUUCCUUGACAAAAUCAUUUUGGUGUUAUCACAAAAUGUGAUGGUUGUGAUAGAGGGAGGAAAGGAGGUGGAAAGAAAAACCAAAACUAGGAAAAGCUCAGCAAGGGUUUAUGUUGUGUGAAUGUGCAGUUUAUCCAUUAAUGAGUUACUGCAUUGGCCUUUCACCUCUGGAAACAUGGCUUCAAAUAUGGCUUCAGUGCCAAGUGCAACUUGAUGGCCUCCAUCACAAACUUUUGUCUGCAUCACUAAACCACUGCACACACAUUGGUAUAAAUGGAAGGCCCUAUGGAGGGUCUACAGGUAGAACUGGCAAUGUUGUAGAGGGAGCUCUGUGGUGGUGAUUUUGCAUAGCCUGUCCACACUUAUUUAGGACUUGGUCCUGCAAAUAGUUACGUAUGUGAAGGGUUCAGUUCAAUUCAGUGGGACGAUUUGUGUAUGUUUGCAGGAUUGGGGCCUUAAUCCAGUUUACCCAUUUAACUCAAGAAAUGAUGCAAAAUUAAAAGAAAAUGGGCUGCAGAAUAUUAAACGGAAACUUUGUCUUCAAUGGGUGGUGCUUUUGACCCAGUGUUUGUGUGCGCAAAACUGUGGGCACAGAUUCUGAGUUUUAUUUAACAAGCUGUUUGUUCAGCCGCCUUAAACACUACAAGGUAGGGAGACAGUCUUCUUCCUUUUUGGUUUUAACCAGCUUUUUUUUUUACUAUAAACUAUUGAAGGUCAUUCAAGAAGGGAAAUAACUUUUUUUUUUUUUUUUUUUUGCAGGGGAAAAAUUACUAGUAUUUGCCAAAUACAUUUCUGAUAAUGUGAAACUGGGCACCUCCAGAAUAUUUUGGUCUUUUUGGGAUAUAUGAAGGUUUAAAUAAAUAUUGAUAUUUUAGAUGUAUUUUUGUCACUUUUUUAAAAUUUUGGUUGGAAGGAAUAAUAGAUCAUUAUUGAUUAAUACCUGCUCGACACUAUAGUUUUGGCAGGAGGUAUUUGAUAUAUAGAAAUAGUCACAAUUAACAGUACUAGUUUGGGGUUAAGGCAGACAGUGCUUAUCAAAAUCAUAGCUUUUUGAAUAACUCCUUCUUGCUUAAACUAGAACACCAAAAAAUAUAAAAAUCAAGGGUGCUUACGUCCUCCUGGCCCUGGAUAGCUGAGGCCCUAAACCUACACUCAGUGGUACAGUGAGACACUUAGGUCAAUAGUUGUCAUGGGGACAAGGUUCUACCUACACCGAUGGCAGGAUCUGAGCCAGUCAUCCACACAGCAUACAACUAGGUGAUGCUGGGUUUUGUUAUGCAACCAUGAACGAUCUACAGUAUUUCAUCUCUUUUGUGCGUGGAGAUUGGACAAUAUUGUCCUGUUCAUUCUACUUCCUAUGUGCCUGCACUCAUGGCUCCCUUUAACAUUCAGGGGAGUUUACGCCAUGAGGCAAGUCGAUGUUGCCAUGAAAUUUAACUUCUGCCAGCGUAUUUUUAGGAAUCCAUCCCUUUUGUCGCUCAGUGCAUGACACCAUGAAUGGAAAUGUUGCUGCCUAGGUGCCCAACCAGUGUACUGUAUUUUUGACUUUUGUAAAAUCAGUUUCUAGAAACUUGUUUGUUUUUUCAUACUCUGGACACCCUCACAUCACCUCCCAUACCAGGAUAAACCAAAAUGAAAGCUGUGAAGACUUGUCGUUGUGUGUGAAUUAGCUAGUGGAUGAUGUACAGAUUGGAGUGGUUUUUGUUUCCUACACUCCCACCAAAUUUAACUUUUUUUUUGCUUUUCUUGUUAAGCUCACAGGAUAUUAAAUGUCUUUGAUUUCAGGUGCUGGCAUGUUUCUGUUCCUUUUCAUUUAGCUCUGUAUAAACCUACUCUGUGCAUUGUUACUAUGGAACUAAUAUUGAUAAAAACACUUUGAGGUAAACUCUUUGUAAUGCUUGAUAAUUAUUAGUGUGUACAUUUUUUUUAAAGACACUGUUUCUUUACCUCAAUUAAUUUAAAGGAAUGGACCAAUAAAUCUAUUAAAGGAUGAUUUCUUUACCUAA